ACAUUCUACCCUGGAGAACGGCCUGUCGUUGCGCAAGCGCGGCUCUUUGAACGUGCAUGAAUGAGGAGUGAGGAAAGCUCAGAAGCUCUGGGAGUACAGGGACUGAGGCGAACUCAGACCGGAUCAGCCAUGGAAGGACAGAACUGCAACAACACCUGCUCUUGGACGCAUAAACCCGCUACGGACUCCAAGAAGAAGAAAAAGAUAAAGGAAAUCCCGGACAGGGUGACUUUGAAGAAGGAGAUCGGGCUGCUGAGUGCCUGCACAAUCAUUAUAGGAAACAUCAUUGGCUCUGGGAUUUUUAUUUCUCCAAAGGGGGUCCUGGAGCACUCUGGUUCAGUGGGUUUGGCUCUGGUGGUGUGGGCACUGGGUGGCUGUGUCGCUGCUCUAGGCUCAAUGUGCUACGCUGAGUUGGGUGUCACCAUUCCCAAAUCUGGCGGUGACUACUCCUAUGUGACAGAGAUAUUUGGUGGGCUGACAGGGUUUCUGUUGUUGUGGAGCGCAGUCCUCAUCAUGUACCCAACAACCCUUGCUGUUAUUGCCCUUACUUUCUCCAGCUAUGUGCUGCAGCCUGUCUUCCAAAACUGUGCUCCUCCAUACAUGGCAACACGACUUUUAUCUGCAACGUGUCUUUUAUUGCUGACCUGGGUGAACUGCUCCAGUGUCCGUAUGGCCACCAGAAUCCAGGAUGUUUUCACAGUGGGAAAACUUAUGGCUUUGUGUCUAAUCAUUGUUGUGGGUCUGGUACAGAUCUUCAAUGGAAACUAUGAAGCACUGACUACUAAGGUGGCCUUUUCCAUGGACAGGACACCAUCCGUUGGACAGGUUGCUCUGGCAUUCCUGCAGGCCUCCUUUGCCUUCAGUGGGUGGAACUUUCUCAAUUACGUUACUGAAGAGGUGGUUGACCCCAGACGGAAUCUACCUCGCGCCAUCUACAUCUCCAUUCCACUGGUGACGUUUGUGUACACGCUCACCAACAUCGCCUACUUUUCUUCCAUGUCACCCGAGGAGCUGCUAUCCUCCAAUGCUGUGGCUGUUACAUUUGGUGAGAAACUGCUUGGAGCCUUUGCUAUCAUUAUGCCCAUCUCAGUGGCUCUGUCCACCUUUGGGGGAAUCAAUGGUUACCUGUUCACCUCUUCAAGGUUGUGUUUCUCAGGAGCUAGAGAGGGACAUCUUCCCAGCCUGCUAGCUAUGAUUCACUACAAGAAAUGUACGCCCAUCCCAGCCCUCCUGGUUUGCUGUGCUGCCACUAUUGUUAUACUGUGCAUCGGAGAAACCCACAACCUGAUCAACUACGUCUCCUUUAUCAACUAUCUGUCAUACGGUGUCACCAUCGCAGGUCUGCUGUGGUACCGUUGGAAGAAACCUAACUUAUAUCGACCUAUUAAGGUAAACCUGCUUGUCCCCGUGUCCUACCUUAUGUUCUGGGCAUUGCUACUGGGAUUUAGCCUGUACUCAGAGCCAGUCGUUUGUGGUGUUGGUUUGGUCAUCAUGCUUACCGGUGUUCCUGUCUAUUUUCUGGGUGUGCACUGGAAAGAAAAACCAAAGUGUAUCGACAAUUUUAUUGAAUGGGCUACAUCUGUGGGCCAGAAGUUGUGUUUCGUGGUCUUUCCUCAGAUUGACCCUAUUGAGAUUGCCAGUCCUUCAGAAUGGACUGAUCGGUCAUCCGGCAGAAAAAGUUUCUCUGGCAGAUCCUAAAGGUUCCCUUUCUGAACAUGUGAAGAUUUGUGUUCUUGCUCCUAUUUUAAAAUUGCCGUUGUUUAUGUUGAGGUGUUCUAUACUACAAUGAAAGUCUCCAGUCUGAUUUCUGAUCCUGAUAAAUCAGCUUUUCAUCUAA